GCGCAUUCCUGGUGCCCUACUGUGUGUGUGCCAUCUUCGGAGGCAUGCCCAUGUUCUUCCUCGAGGUGGGCAUCGGCCAGUUCAUGAGCGAAGGAGGCAUUUCGGUGUGGAAGAUGUGCCCGCUCUUCCAGGGCAUCGGUUACGCGGCCAUCGUGGUGUGUAACUGGCUCAACGUCUACUACAUCGUCAUCAUUGCCUGGGCCCUCUACUACUUCGUGCUCUCCUUCCAAGCCGAGUUACCCUGGGCGAGCUGUGGCAACUGGUGGAACACGGAUGCCUGCGUGUCCUUCGACGGCUCCACCAACCACUCAUUCAUCCAGGAGCUCAAGGCCAACAACAUAACGCCUAGGGACUCGGUCGUGGAAUUCUGGGACAACCGCGUCCUGCAGAUCACCGACGGCGUGGGCGAUAUGGGCAGCAUGGUGUGGCCGCUGUUCGGCGCCCUCGUAUUCUCGUGGCUGUGCACCUACUUCGCCAUCUGGAAGGGCGUCAAAGUUACCGGCAAGAUCAUGUAUUUCACAGCCACUUUCCCGUAUGUGAUGCUCACGGCUCUCCUGGUUCGUGGGGCGACGCUGCCAGGAGCCGAUGAGGGUAUUCGGUUCUACCUCCAGCCUAACUGGACCAAAGUCUACGACUAUCAGGUUUGGAACGAUGCCGGGACGCAGGUGUUCUACUCGUACGCGGUGGCUCUCGGUGGUAUGAUCGCCCUCGGUUCCUACAACAAGUUCAACAACAACUUCUUCAAGCAGUGCGCCAUCCUGUGUGUGUGUAACUCCGCCACGUCGCUCUUCGCUGGCUUCGGCAUCUUCAGCAUCCUCGGCUACAUGAGCUACCAACUGGAGCUGCCCAUGGAGGAGGUGGCAGAGGCUGGUCCCGGUCUCGCCUUCAUCGCCUACCCUAAAGCCAUGGCCUCAAUGCCCAUGGCCCCGCUGUGGUCUGCCCUCUUCUUCUGCAUGAUCCUGAUGGUCGGGUUGGACUCCCAGUUUGUGCAGGUGGAGUCUGUGGUGACGGCCUUGGUGGACCUCUUCCCCGACACCCUUCGAGUGGGCCGCCGGCGGGAGAUGCUUGUGGGAGUGGUGUGCCUCGUGGACCUGGCCAUCGGAUGUACCAUGGUGAUGCAGGGCGGCAUGUACGUGUUCCAAAUCUUCGACUCCUACUCGGCCAGCGGCAUCAUCCUGCUCACGAUCUGCUGCUGUGAGUGCAUCGUCAUCGGCUGGGUCUACGGCGCCGACAGGUUCUACGACAACAUUGCCAUGAUGCUCGGACACACCGUUAUGCCCUUCUUCAAGUACUGUUGGCGUUACAUCACCCCGCUCCUCACCUUCUCCAUGGUCAUCUUCGCCCUAGUCUUCCACCAGCCGCUCACCUACAACAACACCUACGUGUACCCCAUGUGGGCCCAGGCGCUCGGCUGGCUGCUGGUGUUCGGCUCGCUGCUCUGGAUCCCCGGUUACACCAUCUACAAGAUCUUCCAGUACCCCGGCACCAUGCGCGAGAAGUGGAUCGCGUCCACGCGGCCCAUCCUGAAGGCCCACCACCUGCGGCCCCAGGACUGGGAUGAGAACCCCGAGCUGCCCUACAAGAAGACCAUGACCAUGGACCCCCUCACCGAGGACGCCUGAACCAUCGGCCCCCCGACGUGAUGGUCCUCCUGCCGGCCUCAGGCGGCGACCACACGCACUGCCCUCUCCCGAGGGUGCUGAGGCUCGCCUGGGGGGGCCGCGCCCUCGCCGGGCACCCCCGCCGGGCACCCACGCCGGGCAGUGCCGCCACCGCCGGCCCCGCCCGGCGCCCCGCGCGGCCGGGGCGCCGCUGCACAGUAUUAGUAGUAAGUAGGCUAAGUCUGUCCUCGGAGGAACUCUUGUAGACAGUGGUCGAGGACACUGUUGUGUUGGGUUGCGGUGACGGCCGCGAUCUGUUCACUGUCCAACACAACGCUGUUACGUCGUCGUCGUCGUCUCGUCACGUCAUCUCACGCCAUCGCGCCUCACCUGUACAUACGCAUCUGUCAUCACGUCGGCAUCUUGAA